GCUGGCAUAUCGGAUCAAUGGUCUGUAAGUUACAUUCUCCGCGACCACGCUGGGGGCACACCAAGGUUAUGAUGUUGCUCCAAGCGUCACCAAGGCACUUUCUUGGAUGGGCAGGGAUAACCUCAUAAUUCUCCUGGCAUACGAUAGUUGCAAAGAAACCUUCCUCGAACCCUUGUCGUAGUUGUUGCCUUGUGGGUAUGUAGAGGGGAUCGAACCUGUCGGGGGGUUCAUACAGGAUGCCCUCGGCGUUGGGUGGGAGAUCCGUUAUCGGUGGGCAUCUGCUGUACGCACCUGCAUAAAAGUUUGAGUAUCAAUUGAGCAGCAUUUGGCAUAUCCUAUUCAUAUUACUAGGACGAAGAAAGAUCCUUAGAAAAUCUUUCGUCGUGCUUUAAUUUUUAGCAUAGCCUCGUAAAUCGGAAUCUGGAAUAUGUGGGUUAAUUUACAACAAAACAAAACAAUUACUAGGAAAUAAAACAAACGUUUACUGAAAAAACUGAUGUACUCCAUAUCGAUCUUUGAUGUUUAUAUUUCUUCAAUCUAACGUGCGUUUCAAGGACAUAAGCUUACAUUUUCGGGUCAGAAUGCCAUGUUUUCUGAACACAUACGUUGUUUGUUUGUAAUUCGGUCCUUUUAGAUCACUUCUUUAUACAACGGAACUAACAAACCGUUUCACCAAUAUAAAUUGUAUAAGGGGGCGAGCAUCAUAUUUUGGUUAACCUUUUUUCAGAAUUCUUUGAACCAGAGUUUACGUGGAACACACGCAGAGAAAUGUUCUUAGUAAAAAGGUCACAUUGCUCCUGAUCGAAUGGUCCAUCCCUGUAGGUUAUGUUGACGUAAGCAUGUACGUACAUUUCUAUUUGCAACAUUCAUUAAGAAGUGCGAAGAAUGGAUCAUACCAAAAAUUAUACCAUGGGAACGGAUAUUACACCAAUAUCGACAGCUUUAACAACAAGCUAUCUCAAGACUGGGUUCAGCACUGAACCUACAGAUGACACAAUACUAGACAGAUUCAAACGCUAUGUUGAAGCAUCUCCUGAUAAAGAGGCACUUGUCAUUGCUGAUGUUGAUACUGUGAAACGUGAAGCUAUAAGCUUCAAGGACUGUGACGAUCUAUCUGAUAACCUUGCUGCAAAUUUAAUAAAAGAAGGCGUUGAAAUAAACGAUGUGAUUGCUAUAUUGAUGCCCAAUUGUAAGGAGUUUAUCGUGAGCUGGUUGUCCUUGCUGAAGUGUCAUGCAUACCCCGCCUUUGUUUCGUUCAAUAUGAGAAAGGGCGAUGAUUUGAAAAAUGUUUUAAAUGAACUAAAGGCUGUUGGCGUAAUUCUUCACACAGGUAGAUCUGAGGGAUUUUAUAGAAUCAUCAAAGAUGUUUUUGGUAGGCUUCUGGAUUUUAAACAAGACCCAGAUGUCCCGAAUCUGAAGUUCGUAGUCGCUAUAGGGACCUGUCUUGAUGGAGCAUUACCGUACAUCAAUAUGGUUAGGACAACAACUGAACUAGAACUUCAACCCUUGCAUGAACGUGUCGCUACUAUUACAAUGGACAGCCCUUGUGCGAUUUUACAAACAUCCGGGUCAUCGGGUCAUCCUAAACUCGUAGUACAUCGCCAUUUCGGCAUGGUCAAUAGUUUCAAUUGUGUAGCAAUUCGUCUUAAUAUGUCAUCAAGCGAUCGUUAUUUUUGUGACCGUCCAAUGACAUGGGGUGCUGGACUGUUCGGUCUGGCCGUUGCUUGUAUUGUCGGGUUGACUGUCAUAACUGUUGAUACAACAAUGUCGGUUGCUGGACGAGAUAUCCACUCGAUCUUACAAAUAAUUUCUAAGGAGAAAUGCACAAGGGGCCUGAUGAUGCCCUAUAUGUUGUAUGACAUGCUGGAACUACCAUCCGUGAGAAAAUAUCAGCUGGAUGCUUUCACAAAAUUCUGGACGAGUGGACAACGUAUACCAAAUGCCUUACUUGAGGGGGUCAAUAAAACAUUGCCCAAAGCCAGCAUGAUUAUUGGGUACGGAUCAACGGAAAUGCUAUGGGUAUCUAGCCAGUUGUAUAAUGUAGCUUCACAAGUUGACCAAACUGGUACGAUAGGCUAUCCAUUCCCUGGGUUUGAAAUUAAGAUCACGGAUGGAGACGACAAGGUGGUGCCCAUAGGAACGCCUGGUAAUAUUAAACUAAGAAGUUACCAAAUGUUCACUGGCUACUAUAACGAUGACAAGAAAACAAAAGAGAAAAUGAAAGAUGGUUGGUUCGAUGUAGAGGACUUUGGGUACCUCACAGAAAAGGGAUAUCUUGUCUUCAUAAGCAAAACUUGUGACAUGAUAAAACGUGGAACUGUUCUUGUAGCACCAGCGAGCGUAGAAAACGUCAUUCUGAAUCACCCAAGCGUUAACAACGUCAUUGUAGUGGGGGUUCCUGAUCCUAGACUUUACGAGGAGCUAUGCGCAUGUGUCAUACUCAACCAUGGCGACACUACUACGGAAAAAGCUAUUGUUGAUUUCUGUAAUGAGAACCUCACUGAACAAACCCUCGAUGGGCUCGCACUCACACCAAAAUUUGUCAUCAUAAUGGAAGAGUUUCCGAGGCUUCCAAAUGGUAAACCUGAUAAAACUACUCUAAAGAAAAUAGCAGCAGAUAAGUGUGCUAUUUAACCCUAAAAGGAGUCCAACUUGGCUGCAUAUUGAGACCCGGUAUUGAGAUCAUAGUUUUUUGCUCAAGAUGUCGUCUUGUUCUAUCCCACUGACAAUGACAAGGCAUAUUACGUACAGUAGAUGCAACACUGUUUAAUCUAUUAUAUCUACAGGGCUCUAUAUUUCAAAUGGAGUCAAAGGCUGCAAGUUUAGAGCUUUUAAAUCAUGAUGAUGGACGAUUGGUAAAUGUCAUACUCUU